GUUUAUAUUAUUUUUAGAUGGAUUUGCCUAUUUCAACUAAAGGUAUUGUAGUAUUAGGAUUAUACAUGGUGUUAGGAUCCGCUUCUCAAUACCUCCCAUCCGAUUUUCUUCAACCACCGAUGCCAGGAGCCGUGCCAAUGUCCAUGGGAUCAGUAGGAGCGCCAAUGAUGAUGUCUUCAUUGCAAAUGCAACAACCAUUUCUCCAACGACGCCUUCCAAUCGUGGUGUCACCAUAUCAUUCAAAGGCUUUGGAUAAAAAGUACAUGAAACGAAGGAAAAGAAGACCAAAGAAGUAUUAUUCAGAAUCUGAAUCGUCAAGCAGUAGCGACAGUCGAUCUGAAAGCAGGGAAUAUUUAAGAAAACCAAAACAUGGUAAGAAAAAGAAACGCCAAGUACUAACCCCUGUCAUCUCCUAUGUGACUAGAAACGGGCAAGUGGUUUAUCAAAAGAAAAUUAAAAAGAAAAACGCAGGUGAAUGGUUAGAAAUGGGAAGUAAGAAAAUACCCUCAUUUUUUGAUAACGCGGAAGAAGAAGAGUAG